AUGCAUGGAAAUGCUAUGCUGGCACUACUUGUGAUUUUGAUCACAUUUGUGCAUCUUGACACGGUGAACGCCAAAGUACAGAUCCAAGAGUUUAACGAUUCCUCCACUGCUAAGGGCAAGUGUGCAAGACUGACAAAACGUGGAGCCAACGAAGAAGAGCGAGGUUCAUUUACAAAUCUCUUUACUUUUAGAUCCGCUGGUGCAAAAGUGGCAACAAGUACUAAAGUCCAAUCUGCUACGAAUCAAAUGUCGUUUAAGGGAAAAGCUGUGGUAGAAGGUCUCGGAAAAAGCCCAAGUUUUCGACGUGCCGUAGAGAACUCACCGGAAAUGGAGACAGUGAUCAAAGCGGGAGUAAAGGUCACUGAUGAGGCGCAAGUUUUAGAGAUUGGCAAGUCUAUAGCCAUGUCUGGCAAUGUGCGCUCAACUUCCAGCAAAGCUUCGCGUUGGUUCUGGAUUUAUGUUGGAAUUGCAGCACUGGCAUCCGUGGGGUUACUGGGAGUUGCAUAUUCGAAGAGACCGGGUUAA